AUGUGGCAACCUGCCUGCCUAAUAAUGCUCGCGCGGCAGUCCCAGGAUGAGACCCAGACGCGGCCGGCCGAGCGGCUGACACGAGUCGCCCAAGCCAUUUUUCAGGCAAGCAGCAGCCCACAAUCGAGGGCAACAGCGCGCCUUGCGCUUGUGCUCGACAUAGACGGCACGCUCAUCGACUCGACCGACUUCGACACGGUCAUUCACAAGCGGCCAGGCGUCGAUGCCUUUCUCGACGACUGCUUCUCUUCGUUUGCCGCCGUUGCCAUCUGGACGCACGCGGGCAGCGAUUGGGCCCGACACGUGACGCAGCACGUGCUCACAGACGCCGACGGCCGGCCACGACCGUGGGCGUUCGUGUGGUCAGCGAGCAGGGCGAGCGCCAAGCGCAAGCCGAUCGAGCACAUGUUCGACUUGCAUCCGGCGCGCGACUACAUCAAGCCGCUUCUCAAGGUGUGGCGCGGCAAGAAGCGUGCGGCGGCUGGCUUCACGCGCGACCGCACGAUCAUCGUCGAGGACACGCCUUCGAACUGCAAGAGCAACUACGGCAAUGCCGUCUACGUGCCCACCUUUCAGGCGGGCGACUGGUCCGACAACACCCUUCCGCUGCUUUCGCUGCACCUCGACGAGCUCGAUGCGCAUGUGCGUGCACAAGGGAUCAGCGUGCGGUACGUAGAGAAGAGAUACGGGUGCGUGGACCCCGUGAUUGGGAUCGCGUGGGGUGGCUACCGCUUUGUGGGCGCGAGCAGGAGCCAGAGCCCAGAGCAUACUCCAUACGCAAGCAUCAUGCCACAAUGUCCAGAGCAUGCCAGCGGAGCAUCUAUCUACAUCCUAUUUGCUUCGUCGUAUAGCGAUCCUCGGUUGCAACGAGUGACUGCCGUAUCGAACUCAGCAAGCGCCUCCUACGAUUCGAACCCACACCAAUAUGAAUAUCUUGGCGUGCUGUGGGCGACGGUGCCGAUGGUGGGAUGA